AUGGCCUCACUAUUCAGCGCGCGGCGCAAACCCAAGCGCAUCGUCCGGGACGAGGCAGACACGCAACAAGACCCAGAAGAAGACUCCGGACCCGUCGUGAGACGGCCGACACUCAACACUCCAAAGACGAAAUCCAAGUUGCGAGUAUCCUUCAACCCAGGCAAUGAAGAUGCGGGCACAACCCCUACAGAAACAGAAGGAGAAGAGGUGGUGUCACACCCAACAAAGUUGUCAAGGAUUCGGCCGUCGAGCGCAGCGCAAAGUUUGCUCAACCGCGCCGUGCUGCCAUCGAGAGAAAGCGCUGAGGGUCAAGACCACGACAGAGACGGAGACAGGCCGAACUACAGCAAGGCAUAUCUCGAGGAACUACGGAACUCGACUCCUACGACGCCCCGUGACCUCGCGUCGUCACGCGAUCUGAGCCCUUCCCUUGAGCUUGUCGACACGGCGGGCGGCUCAAACACGGGCGCACUCGCGCUCGAUCUGGAGAGCAAGUUCGGCAAAGCCGCCAUCAGUUCUGCAUCGUCUUCACGCAUCCCCACAGCGGCCGAGAUCCGGGAGAAGAAAGAACGGCGCGCUCGUCUUGCCAAAGAGCAAGCGGCUAAUGCGACAAGCACUCGAGCCAAUUCAAACAACGAGGAUUUCAUUCCAUUAGAGGACUACGACUCGGACGGCGAGUUCAAGCCCCGCCGCAUGCAGGUCGGCUCAUAUAUCCCCCCAUCCCGCGAACGGGAGGAGGACACCCGCCUGGUCCGCGACGACGAGGACUUUGCCGAGGGGUUCGACGAGUUCGUCGAGGACUCCGGACGGGUGACACUGCUGUCGCGCAAGGCGCAGCGCGAGCAGACGCUGAAGGAGCGCGAAGCCAUCCGCUCAAUGAUCGCCGAGGCCGAAGGUGGCUCGCAACACUCCUCGUCCGACGGGGGCGGCGGUGACGGCGACGAUUCCGACCAGUCUGACUCGGAGUUCGAGCGGCAUCAGCUCUACGAGUCCGCCCAGACCCAUCGCGCCAUGGACGGUUUGGCCGCGCACGCCGAGCACAAGCGCCAGGCCAACCGGCCGCGGCAACCGCGCCACACCACCGCGAUCCCCAAACUCAGCGUCGGCCUGGCAAGGCUACGGGACAUGGUGUCGCACUUGGAGUUCGAGCGCGCCCGAGUCCAGAAGCGGCGUGCCGACAUCUCGCGCGAGAAGGCCGAGAUCAAAGCGAGCCAAUCCCAUAUCCAGACAACUCUCGAGGAAACUGGACGGGAGCUGGAACGCGUCACGAAAGAACACCUGGCAGGCCGCGCCGCCAAUGGAUCCGCCCCAGGUACUCCGGGCAACAGCGCGGGUAUAGAUGCGAACGGGCACCACUUGCACCCUCCUGCCCCAACGACGGAGAGAGGCUUGGAGUCUUUCGGGAACACUCCUGAAAAUACAGACUCCGUCUAA